AUGCCUGCGCUGCCAUUAGUUGGCAGAUCGACACGUUCUCCUGCAAAUACGCCUGCAAAUACCUCGCCAAUCGACGAGGUUGAAGGUGUUUCCAAGGCUGUGGACGAUCUGACCAUCGACAACGGCCCAAUGAUGUCUGAUGCCACUGAACCUCCUGCUCCUACCAGUCCUGUUGCCACAGCCUCUACCGACAUCGUUGAGUCUGCAAAGAUGGAGCCAGCUAAAGACGAUGAUGUUUUUGGCGCCUCUGCAACCACUGAACAUCGAGAAGAUGUCAUUCCUGUUCCUCUUGCCCAGAAUAUUGUUGCUACUCGCCCUGAAGGCAAUAUUCGCACUCCAAUGGCCUACAAUGGGUUCGAACCGCGUCCGGAUCGCGUUUCUCAGCUCCCCAACGCCCGAAAUGCGCAGGGACUUUACCCUCCUGAUGCUUUGAUCUUUGUGGCAAACCUAUCGAAUCAGCGUUCUCCUGAUCAUCUGUAUGUUUCGUGCCAGCAGACCUUCGGUGGCUUUGGUCCUUGCCAUAUCAAGGUGCUCCUGGACAAGAAUCGCCAUCCAUUUGCUUUCGUGCAGUUUGAGAACGUCGAAGAUGCAAAUGCUGCUGUUGAUGCUGCCUCAAACAUGAUGAUGGAUGGCCGUAAGAUCCGUGUUGAGCGUGCCAAAGCUGAACGUGCGGUCAUACUGAGCAGACAGGAUGGAGGCAAUGUUUCCGAGGCUGAGGCUCGUCAUAUGCUGUCCAAAUACGGUCCAAUUGAGCUCUGUGUUCAUACCCAGGCUAUGGAUCGCAGCAAACACAAUAUGGCUGCUGGGGUCUACGUCAAGUUUGCAUACUACCUGGAUUGCCGUGAUGCUCUUCGUUCCUUCAACAACCAUGCAGGAGGCUACAACCUCUAUAUGGCACCUCCAGUGGAACCACGUCUUCGUCCUGGUCCAAAUGGAUCUCCUGUGGUUCGUGGCUUCUCUACUCCUCGCUCUGCUGUCGACCAGAAGUCCAUCUAUGUCGGCAACUUGCCAGAAGGAACGACUCGUCCUGAACUGGAGGGGUUGUUCAAUGAGUUCGGCACCAUUGUGCAGGUGAAUGUGAUCAGAAAGGACUUCGCCGAAGACAGCGUCAAUAUCUUCGGUUUCAUCGAGUUCAGCAACCCAAAAGAGGCUGAACGUGCUUCCAUGGCCGAACGUUCUUUGCACGGAGUCAAGCUUCGAGUCGAGCCGAAGGAGUAUUCAGCUCGUCGUACUCAGCGUACUGCAUACGUCCCACCCACUCCUGUUCGACAGAAUACUCCACGACGCCACGUCGACGCCGGGUAUUCUGGAAAUGCCAUGAACUACAACAACCAGAAUAUGUACGGCAUGCAGUCAAUGGCGACUCCUCCUGGCGGAUAUAAUCAAGGCUAUGCAAUGCCAGGAUUCAAUCCUUCUGCCGUUCCAUUCCUGGGGACCCCUACUCAUACUGCUAUGAACAACAUGGCUCCAAUGGGCAUGUUUUCCCCCUCUCCAGCUCAUAACGUGAAUGAGUACGGCCAGGGACAUUUCUACAACUACAGCUCUCCAUUGUACCCUGACCAAGGCCACAUGAUGGGAUCUAUUCCAGAGGAUGGAGAAGCAGAAUACUAG